AUGUAUCGAAUUUCUCUCGGCUUCUGCCAUGGCCGGGGAAGCACGGUGGCGAUGUUGUGUUUCGCGACUUCGGACAACGGCUUUGAAGUUGACUUUUUCUUUUCUCUCUCUCUCUCCUGGUUCACUCGCGAAACUCCUCACGAUCGCUUUUCUCCUCUACUUCUCUUUCAUGAUACAUACGGUGAAGAGAACGGGUUAUGA